AUGAAAGACUCAAAACUCUUUCUAUGGAGGCUGAUUUCAAAUACUAUUCCUUCGAAAGAGGUGCUGGUUGAUAGACUAAGAGGUGAUGAUGUCAUAUGCGAAGUCUGUGGAGCCGAAUUGGAGAUAGCCUUUCAUGUUUUUAAGGAGUGCCAAGGGAUUAGAAUGCUAGCUUUUGCCAGUAGAUGGGGUUGUAAGAUUGAUCAGUGGAAAGUUAAUUCAGUUAAAGAGAUGGUGGAGUUUUGUGUUGAGCCAAGAGCAAAUCAUUGCUUUAUUGGAAUGGAUAAAGAGCUUAUCACUGUGUUUCUGGCUACUUUAUUCUAUGCUAGUUGGAAUUUUAGGAAUGAGCUUCGUUUUCAAGGAGCGGGAGCUAUACGCAAGGCUGUGCUGAAAUUGCAAAAAAGUUUCCAAGAGAAGUGGUCGGUGCCAGCUCAAGGCUGGUGGAAACUAAACACGGAUGCGGCUUACUCUGAUGGGAAGGCUGGCCUUGCUUUUGUGGCCAGGGAUAGCAACGGAGAAAUUAAGUUUCUCACUUCGAAGAGUAUUAAGCGUGACUCCCCGUAUGAAGCAAAGCUCCAAGCUAUGAAGUGGGCUUCGGCAUGUGCUGAAGACAAAGGUUGGAAUUUUCUUGAAUAG